UUUUUUUUUUAGUUUAAAAAAUUUAUUAUUUUUGUUUCAAAAAAUUUAUCAGAAAUAACCGUGUGAAUAAUUUGAAUUGAAAAAAGAAAAAAAUCUAUCAAUAUAGUGGUAACGGUAUAUAUACAAUAUAUAUCUACGUAUAUAUAUAUACAUAAUAUAAAUAACGAAAACGAACGAAAAAAAAACUUUGUAUUUUUGCAUACUGCAGUUAUGUGCUUCCAUUUUCGAAAAUUAAUUGUUUUAUGGUGAGAUAAUAUGUCAAAAUCAAAUAUAAGAAAAAUAACAGUCGACCCAACGAAAUGUAAUACUGAUUCGCGUAGACCAAGUGUAUUUGAAAGGUUAGGAACUAAACCAAUAACAACUACAACUAAUCCAACAAAUACGACAAUUAAUACUCCACCAAGUAUUACAUCCGAUUAUUGUCGUAAUUGGGCAUCGAAUGGCAAUUGUUCCUAUGGAAAAACUUGCAAAUAUGCUAAUACUCAUACGUUGAUUAGUCCUUCUAAAAGAGCAAAAAAGGAUAUUCCCAAUGCUAAUGUAGUGGCUAAGGAAGAUCCUUUUAAAAGAAUCACAUCAAAAGUUGUGAAGAAAACAUCACAUAGUCCAGAUUUAAAUAUCGAAGAGUGGAAUCAAACGGAUUUGGAGUACGAAGACGAGAAAGUACUUGAGCGUAGACGUCAAUUACUACAACGUGAAUUGGAGUUACAAAUGAAGAAAGAUAAAGAGGUUCAUGGCAAGGAUAAAGUAAAACACAAAAAACGAGUUAUGAGUUCAUCGUCGAGUUCACGUAGCUCUAGUUCAUCGAGUAGUAGCAGCAGUUCAUCAAGUGACGACUCAUCAUCAAGUUCAACAUCUGAUUCGCGUAAUAAAAAAUUGAAAAAAACUAAAACUAAACGUCAUCACAGCGUUUCUUCGGAUUAUGAAGACGAUAAAGAUCGUGGUAAAAAAAAAUUAAAAUUAAAACGUCUCAAUAGCAGUAAGAGUGAUAAAUUACCGGUUAAAAAGAAACGUAAAGUUGAGAGUCCUGCUAAAAAAGAGGUAUUGAAGACAACUAAAAAAGCAACAACUGCCGCAAAUGUUGGACGUAAACAUAACUCGGUUUCAAGAACGCGGUCUCCUGUUUCUGUGGCAACUCAUACGUCCGCUAAAUCUAAGGAGAGAAAUCGCAGUGAAUCACCUAAAGGUAAACCUAGUAAAGAUGAACGUCAUUAUCGUAAAGGCCGUGAUUCUGAAGACAGCAGUAGCGCUGCUAAAGAGACUCCUAAAAACGUUAAGAAUGUUGAUAAAAUUACGAAAGAACAGUCGGAAAAAAAUAAAAAUCGGGAAGAAAAAAAAGUUGAUGAUAAAUUGAGACCUAAAGUCAGAGCUAAAGAAAAAGAACAUAUUUCACGAACGCCACCAAUAGAACGUCCUAAACAACCUAAGGAAAUACCAACUAAAGCACGACGCAGUCGUACACCAGAUAAACCACCACGAUCUAAACGUGAUGUAACUCCGCCACGUCAUGUUGAAAAGUCACCUGCUGUUAUGACAUCUUCGUCUUCUUCAUCGUCGACAAACAAGUCACGUGAAUUGGAAAAAAAAGAUCGUGACAAUGCUCACAAACGUGAACGCAGUAAAGACCGUGAUGAUGUACGUAAGAGUGAAAUAAAGUCACGUUUGUCGUCAAGUCAAGAUGAAAGUGGACAGAAAAAAAGUUUACUCGGAUCACGGGAUAUUGACGACAAAAAUCAUAGCAAUGACAGUAGAAAUCGUCCUAAAAGUCGUGAACGUCGUGGUGAUAAAGAUAUUACUCGCAGUGGAGGUGGCGAUGAUUCUCGUCAUCCACGUGCUCAGCAGAUACGUUCAGAUCAACGUGACAAAGAUCGUGAUGAUGUUGAUCGCGGUAAUAUUGCUCGUGAACGUCAACGUGAACGUGAUAAAGACAGUACGCAAAAACGUGAACGUGAAUUAACUGUUGCGUCGUCUGUUGCUAUGAACAGUAGCAGUAAUAUUGAUAAAAAUUCACGUUAUAUUCGUGACAAAGAACGUAUGAAAGAUAAUGGUAUGAAGGAUGAUAAAAAUAAUUCACGAGAUCGUCGUGGUGAACGUGGUAAUUCUGAUAUUAAAUUAUCAGACCGUGAUAAUAAAACAUCGUCAUCGUCUCAACGAUUUGAUAGUAAUAAAUAUGAGCGUACAAUAGAUAAAGAGAGUGUACAUAAAAAUGUUGAUCGAGAGAGACUUGAUCGUUUUCAACGAGAACGUUCGUUGGAGAAACCGAUUGAUAAAAAUGUAUCUGUGUCACGUGAACAUUUACCUGAACGUGAUGCUAUUUAUGAACGUGGUGGUGGUAAUAGACACAGACGUUUACAAGGCGGUGCUAGAUAUGAAAGAGGACACUCGACAAUGGAACAUGAUAGGAAAGAAAUUUCAUCGUCUGUUAAAAUUGAACGGCGGGAUAGUCCGCGUAGAAGUAUGGAAGUGGAUAGAAAUUUUGAUCGCGGGUAUUCAAGAGUGUCUUCGGAUCACUGGGAUCAGCAAGAUGAACCACCGGGACGUAUCGAUUACCAUCCGCACGAAGAGGAACGUAGAAAACCCAUGGAGACACGUAAAUUUAAUAGUCCGUUUAGUGAACGGAGGGGUCGUGGUCGUGGGGGAGGAGGUGGUGGUGGCGGUGGUGGUGAUGAUGAUAGACCUUCUUCUAGGUAUCCUGUUCAAAAUGAAAGACCUUUCGAUGAACAUCAUCAUCCAAUGUACAGUGGCGAUAAGCUACGAUCUGGUCCGGUAAGAGAUGAAAGCAGUAACGAUAACUGGGAUAUGCAUCAUGAGGCUGCUGAUCACGGUAGCAGGGAUCGUGUUUAUCCGCCAGCUGAUUGGGAAGACAGAGAAUGGCGACCGCGUAAUCAUCACUGGGAUCGAGAGAGUCUUCCUCGUUCAGAGGCACACGAUGAAGAAUGGCCUCAACGUUACGACAGUCCUAUGGCGGAUUGGAAAAUAAAUGAAACGAGAAAACCUUGGGAAAACCAAUCGAUUCAUGUAAGAGGUCCGUACAGAAAUGAACGUCACAAAGAUAUGGAAAUUGGUGAAAAUAUUUAUGGUAAACGACGUGGACCUUAUAAUACACCUGAAAUACGUGGUGCUGGUGGAGUUGGUGCUGCUGGUGGUGAUGACUGUGGUAGUCAUGGAUCUAAACAAAGUUCUCUUCAUGGUAGUAUGAAAGAAGAGCCAAUAAAUAAAAAAUUAAUGGAAUUGGCUGAAGGUAGACCACGAAGAAGUCGUGAAAAAUCAACAGAUAGUUUACAAAAAAAAUCACUUUCCAAAGAAAAAGUAUUAGAACCUAAAGUAUUGGAACAACCAGUUGUGGUUGAAAUAAAACGUGUGUGUUUAGAAGAGUCAUUGACUCGUCAUACGGAAAGUGACUUGAGUGAUAUCAGUGAUGAUCCUGAUGAUAUUCUCAACAUGGAAGAUGAAGAAUCUGAAGAUAAAAAAUCUGUUGAAGUAGAAAAAGACAUUGGUAAUAAUAAAUCUUCAACAGUUAUCAGUAGUGAUGAAAUUAUUCAAGCGUCUAAAGCAUCGCCUGAAAGAGUUGCCGAAGAGUCUACUGCUGCUUUAGUUGCUACUGCUACUACUGCUACGACAGGUGUUACUGCAGUUACUACUCCUGGUGCUGCUGCUACUGCUACUAGUGCAUUGAAUAAGGAAAAAGAUAAAGACGAACAACAUGAGGCUGCGGCAAUCGAUGAAGACAACAUGGAGGCAAUGGACUUUGAAGAAAUUUCGGACGGUGAACUAGAGGAAGAUAUUAAAACAAGCGGUAAAGGUCUAGGUGAUGCACUAGGUGUUGAUUGGGAAAGUUUAGUCAAAGAAACCCAACCAAGGAGACCUAUAUCAAAUCAAGAUUCAGCACAAUGUCGUUGGCAAUGUAAAGCUAUAUUCCAACGAAUCGGUAUUUCAGUUAAAUAUGCCGGUGAUGAAUUUAUAAAUAAAAUUAAAAAUAAAUAUGAUGAUGAUGAUAAUAGUAAAUUGCUGCUUGAUAAUGUCGCGAUGAUACAUACGGCACUUUUUAGAGAAAAAAUAACAAAUGAUUCGGUUUGUAGUUUGAUUAUUGCUGAUGAUAGUCUUUAUAGAUUUAAUAAUCGUGAUAAAUAUGACGAUGAAGAUCCGGAAGUUUUAAAACCUUUCACUAGUUUAUUUGAAGAAGCUAAAUUGUUAUUACAACACGCGUAAAUAAACUUGUCUUUUUUUUUUUUUUUGCUUUUUUUUUUUUUUA